AUGAAUGAUUCGCUGGCCACCAGCACCUCGGAUUUUGCAGUUCGCCUGCUGAAACACUUUCACAGCGCUUCAGUCAACACUAUAGUCUCCCCGCUUGGUGUUUUGCGUCCACUGGCCAGCUUUAUGUACAACUCAGAUGAAAGCACUCGAAGUGAGCUCACGGCAACUCUGCUCGGUUCAGCUAAAUCAAACGAUUCAUUGAUGGAGACAUUCUCGGAACAGUUCACCAAAACAGGACAACGUCUAGAGCGUGACUGGCACCACAUCAAGACGGCCAAGUUUCUGUACGCCCACAAGAGCUGGCCACUUUCAACUGAAUUUGUUGGCUUAAUCAAAAGUCAAUGGCAGAUCACCGGGAAGACGCUCGAUUUGCACACCAAGAAGGCUCCUCGACAGAUCAACACUGACGUCGCUGAGCAGACCCGAGACAAGUUUGACAACGUCGGAUCACUGCUACCGCCCAACAGUCGUUUGGUGGCGGUCAGUGCGCUGGACAUUAAGCUUCUCUGGAGCAGUCCAUUUCCAGUGAACGAAACAGUGCGCGGCACCUUUCGCGUAGUGUACAAAGACAACCAGUUCAUGGACUGCACUGUGCCCAUAAUGUCCCAACUGGGCACUCUGCCCUACUACGAGGACAGCGACGGCACCAAAGCAGUGCAGCUGAAAGGCACCGAUCACCUCUCGCUGGUGGUCAUUCUGCCCAAAGAAGGACAGAACAUGAGCACCUUUCUUCACAGCUUUACUGGCUCUAAAAUGCAAACCAUUCUUGGCGGUUUGCAGCCCCGAGAGAUGGUCCUUUUCAAAAUUCCGCACUUCAAAGUUACUAAAAUGGAACAGAUGGCCGAGUCGCUAAAGUCGUUGGGCAUCAAGCAGCUUUUCAGUCCGGGGGCCCACUUAAAGUCGUCCAUGUUCAGUGCGGAAGGCAAUGAGCAUCGCGCCAAAGAGCCAGUCUUUCUCAGUGAUAUUCUACAGGGCUGCCAGAUAGUGGUCUCAGAGGAGGGCACCACUGCAAAUAUGAGCAAGCCAGUGGUACAUGAGGAUGAAGACUCGCCUGCUGCUGAUUCGCAAGAGAAGACAAAGCCUUCUCAUCAGCUGGUGGCCAGCCGUGCUUUUCUCUUUGUCCUCAUCGACAAGACCAGUCGUCAGUUCCUCUACUUUGGCGUGGUCGAGGAUCCUACUCAGGAACUGAAAGACCUGGAGUAUGCUGACUAA